CACUGCUACUAGACACGGAAGCCUGUUAAGCGAAAGCUUCUUCCAUUCCGUUCACAACCAUUUGAACCAUUUUCUGUUGGAUAUACGCGCUUCUCACAAAUUUAAUAUAAUCAAGGUCACCCCUCAGCUGCCAAACAUCACCUCAAAAUAACAUACUUUGAAGGAUGCCAGGUGGUUUUAUUCCCGGUCUUCCACCUAUCUACCCUAAUAGUUGGAUCUCUUCAGAAAUAUCUAACAUGUCUCGCCUAGAACCUGCUGACUCGAAUUGCACUUAUGGAAUUCACUGGAUAUGGGUUUCAAUGGGACUGUGCGUUAUGGAUGUUCAGGGUGGCAUAGCCUUAUUUUGUGGAAUUCUAUGUUUAUUUCUUUGGAUUGCAGUGGGUAUACCUCAAAUUGUCGAGAAUUUUCGGACAGGAAUUGCAGACAAAGCUCUUUCUCCUAUUUUUCUUUGCUUUUGGACUUUUGGUGAUGUCUGCAACCUGAUAGGAUGUUUUUUAACACAUCAACUGAUUAUGCAGAUUGUUGUGACAGGGUACUGUAUUGUUAGUGACUUCGUCCUUGUGUUCCAAUUUAUCUAUUACAAACUUCGUCAUAAGGCUAUCUUACGUAGAAUGGCUGCAGCUUUAAAAGAUGGUGAAAUAUCUUCGAGUCCAAGCUCUUCUUCUCCCAUUAUUUGUGACGAAUCAGAACAACAUAAUUCACAUCAAGGAUAUCAAAGACUUUCAGUUGGUUUAGUUGGUGUAGGAUGUUUAACUUUGAUGGGCAUUUCUUUAACUUCUAUCGAGGAUCCGUUUAACACUUACGUUGUUAAACAAUCAAUAUCCAGUGGCUUGCACUACCAAUCGAGACAGUUAUUGGAGUGGAAACAAUAUGAAUCAACAGAUCAUCCAUUCAUAGAUUCAGAUCCUUUAAAUGGUGCGACAGUUAUAUUGGGAUAUAUUCUUGGGUGGAUUUCUACAUCCAUGUACAUGUUCUCUCGGUUGCCACAAUUAUUUCGCAAUUGGAAACGUAAAUCAACUGAAGGACUGUCUAUGUUCAUGUUUUCUAUGGCUGUUACUGGUAAUAUUUCAUAUGGUAUCCAAAUUUUACUUACAUCUACUGAAAAAAACUACUUAAUCAGAGCUACACCGUGGCUUGUUGGAAGUUUCGGUGUAGUUUUGUUAGAUUUUUUUAUAUUGUGUCAAUUCUUUUUUUAUCAAUUACAUCACAGAAACAAUGAUGAUGGUAACAGUCAAGACCAAAGGAAUUUAUUAGAUACAAACCCCAAUCAUACUGAAACAGCCUAAGAUUAUUCUUUUUCAUCAUAUGAUUGUAAAAUGUUAUUUUCAAUGUUUUUUUUAUUUUUACUAUAAUUUCAAGUACUUUAAUCCAUAGUUCCGUAUUCUUGUAAUUUGUUAAAUACACAUUAAGUGAGAUCAUCAAUCUCCACAACCCUAUAGUGAUAAAUACAUAUUUACUAAAUAAGAAAAAAUUAGCCACUUUGUUUAUUUGUGUAUUCAUCUGUUAUUUCUUUAUAUUCACUUUUAUUUGUUUGUACAGAAUAGUGUGUAUUUGAUUAUCCCACUGAUUUUGUUUUAUUUGUUCUUCUCUUCACAUUUGAUUUCAACUUCGUAUUGUUUAGAUAAAUAACUUUUACUAUUUUUUUAUUAUCAUGAUUCUAUCAAUUUUAAAAUGUUGAAUAUAAGAUACGUGUAAUUACUUUUCUUCCUGUGUAUAUAUGUAUGCCAGCGCUUGCUGAUGUUACUGAUGAAUAUCUGUUAAUUACCUAUAAUUUAACCGGAUGAUUUGUGGCGGCUUCCAUAAUUAUGAAGUGAAUUAGUGUUGUAAAGUUGUCGUACUUGUUAUGAAACCUGAAGACCAUAAAUGAAAUCCCGUUUAGUAUCAUUUUUGUGGAUUAACAAAAAGUUUCAUAUUAGAAUGAAACAACUGUACAGUAAUCCAUGUUUUCCAAUAUUUCUGUGGAUGAUGACACUUUGAUUAAAACUUUAUUAUUUAGAGUAUCUUUUCUUUUAAAAAUAGUAAUCUGAAAAUUUAGUUAUUUCUGGUAAAGAAAAAUAUGAAUUAUUUAUGAUAGGUUGUUUAUGUUUGGGUGUAUGUGUGUUCUCUCCACAUCACCUUUCCUUUAAAUAUCAUAUCUUUAAGGCAAGCACAUAAGCUUGUUUUUAUCUAUUUGACCCUACUACAGUCCACUUGUUACUGGUAUCAUGUGUCGGUAGAUCUACAAGAUCUGUUUUGGUUGAACUUAUUGGACACAUAUAUAUUUAACAUCACUAACUUCCCAGUCACCCUUUUAUUGUUCCUUUUGUUAUAUUUUAUCUAGUAUCUCUAAUUCACAUGUGUAAUAACCGAAUUGUAAGUUACUAAUUCAAAAUUCCUGUUUAAUAAAAUAAAAGAAUUUAAUAGAGCUGUUUAUUUAUUAACUUGGUUGAUAGAUAAUUGAUUUCUCUUCAUGUAACGCUACCGGAUAUAAAUGAGUAUUACGAGAAAGCCAUGUAUUAUAUAUCUUUCUAGCAGAAUAGUUUCUUGAACAUUGUGAUAUGUCUUUUGUUGAAUAAAUGAAAUCUCUGCUUGGUAUCACUUUUAAAUUUACGUCUUGGAUACUCUCUUACUUUUGAUAUUCUCUUCAGUAUAUUCACAGUCCCUACUAUUAAUGUGUACCUAAAUACCUUACCAUUAAAAUCCUAUAUAAUGACGUG